CCCUGGGUUGGUGUCCAGGGGUCCCGACCACCUGGGGUGUUGGUUUGAGCCCUGGGCGACUUUCUCUGGGAGAUCCCCGCUGGGGAAACGGGGGGCUCGGGUGCCUCGCGCAGGAUUUCUGCGAAGCUGCAGCGGGAAAGGGAAGGCGGUGGCUGGGGCAAUCCUUGCAAACCGCCGCCUGGAGCUCCUGCAAGGCCGACUUGGACACUCCCACGCCCCCACCCCCUUCUCCUCGCCGUCGCCCGCAUCGCUCCCUCUCCCUGACUUUUCUCCCAAACAAUCAGGGACUUGUGCUGGCGGCUGAGGGAGCCACGGAGCUGGCUGGCCGCGGAGGAGGCGACGUCAUGGAUUCCUGAGUGUGAAGUUUGCAGGAAAGCCCUUAGUUUUGGAGAUGGACGGGAUCCAGUGGUUUCCAUGGCGCUGGAUAAACAGGAGGAAACAGUGAGGGAAUCCCGUUAUUUUACUGCAUUGAAAGCCUAUAAACACGGAGCGCGGGGAAGGAAGUCGCGUUCCCUCUCGAGUAAGCCCGAGCGCCGAGCCGCGCCGACUCCGCCGCGCCGGGAGCCGGGAGCCGGGAGGCGGGAGGCGCGCAGCUCCCGGGCCGCUCGCAGGCUCCUCGGCCAGGGCAGCCCCGCGAGCAUGCUUUAGAGAGGACGGCGCCCCCUUGGCUCGUGGUCUACCCAAACAGACCCCUCUCACCCCGCGCACCGAGCCCCCGUCCCCUCCAGAUGCAGAGAGAGGCUGCGUUCAGACUGGGGCACUGCCAGCCCCUCCGCAUCAUGGGGUCUGUGGACCAAGAAGAACCGAAUGCACAUAAGGUCGCCAGCCCACCCUCCGGACCCGACGAUGUACUGGACUAUGGCCUCAAGCCAUACAGCCCCCUAGCCAGUCUCUCUGGCGAGCCCCCCGGCCGAUUGGGAGAGCCGGAUAGGGUAGGGCCCCAGAGCUUUCUGAGCCCGGCCAAGCCAGCGGGGGCCUCGGGCCUGAGCCCGCGCAUCGAGAUCACUCCAUCCCACGAACUGAUACAGGCAGGGGGCCCCUUCCGCGUGAGAGACACUGGCCUCCUGGUGGAGCAGCCGCCCCCGCCGGGGGUGGCCGCCAGCCCGAGGUUCACGCUGCCCGUGCCCGGCUUCGAGGGCUACCGCGAGCCGCUUUGCUUGAGCCCCGCUAGCAGCGGCUCCUCUGCCAGCUUCAUUUCCGACACCUUCUCCCCCUACACCUCGCCCUGCGUCUCGCCCAAUAACGGCGGGCCCGACGACCUGUGUCCCCAGUUUCAAAACAUCCCCGCUCAUUAUUCCCCCAGAACCUCGCCAAUAAUGUCACCUCGAACCGGCCUCGCUGAGGACAGCUGCCUGGGCCGCCACUCGCCCGUGCCCCGUCCGGCCUCCCGCUCCUCGUCGCCUGGUGCCAAGCGGAGGCAUUCGUGCGCCGGGGCCUUGGUUGCCCCGCUGCCGGGAGCCUCACCCCAGCGCUCGCGGAGCCCCUCGCCACAGCCCCGGGACGACGGCGCCCCCGCCGGGUACCCCCCCGCGGCUGGCUCUGCCGUCCUCAUGGAUGCCCUGAACAGCCUCGCCGCCGACUCGUCCUGUGGGAUCCCCCCCAAGAUGUGGAAGACCAGCCCUGACCCGUCGCCCGUGUCUGCUGCCCCACCCAAGGCCGGCCUGCCGCGCCACAUCUACCCGGCCGUGGAGUUCCUGGGGCCCUGCGAGCAGGAGGAGAGGAGGAACUCGGCCCCGGAGUCCAUCCUGCUGGUACCGCCAACUUGGCCCAAGCAGCUGGUGCCUGCCAUUCCUAUCUGCAGCAUCCCAGUGACUGCAUCCCUCCCUCCUCUUGAGUGGCCGCUCUCCCACCAGUCAGGGUCCUAUGAGCUGCGGAUUGAAGUGCAGCCCAAGCCACAUCACCGGGCCCACUACGAGACAGAAGGUAGCCGAGGAGCCGUCAAAGCUCCAACUGGUGGCCACCCUGUGGUUCAGCUCCAUGGCUACAUGGAAAACAAGCCCCUGGGGCUUCAGAUCUUCAUCGGGACGGCCGACGAGCGGAUCCUUAAGCCCCACGCCUUCUAUCAAGUGCACCGGAUCACGGGGAAAACUGUCACCACCACCAGCUAUGAGAAGAUCGUGGGCAACACCAAAGUCCUGGAGAUUCCGCUGGAGCCAAAAAACAACAUGAGGGCCACCAUCGACUGCGCGGGGAUCCUGAAGCUGAGGAACGCGGACAUCGAGCUGCGGAAAGGCGAGACCGACAUCGGGAGAAAGAACACGCGCGUGAGGCUGGUUUUCCGGGUGCACAUUCCAGAGGCCAGCGGAAGGAUCAUCUCUCUGCAGACGGCCUCUAACCCCAUUGAGUGCUCCCAGCGGUCCGCCCACGAGCUGCCCAUGGUGGAAAGACAAGACAUCGACAGCUGCCUGGUCUACGGGGGCCAGCAGAUGAUCCUCACGGGGCAGAACUUCACGGCCGAGUCCAAAGUCGUGUUCACCGAGAAGACCACAGAUGGGCAGCAGAUUUGGGAGAUGGAGGCCACGGUGGAUAAAGACAAGAGCCAGCCCAACAUGCUUUUUGUGGAGAUCCCCGAGUAUCGGAACAAGCACAUUCGGGCAUCGGUGAAGGUGAACUUCUACGUCAUCAACGGGAAAAGAAAACGAAGUCAGCCUCAGCACUUUACCUACCACCCAGUCCCAGCCAUCAAGACAGAGCCCACCGACGAGUAUGACCCCACUCUGAUCUGCAGCCCCGCCCACGGGGGCCUGGGGAGCCAGCCUUACUACCCACAGCACCCAAUGGUGGCCGAGUCCCCCUCCUGCCUCGUGGCCACCAUGGCUCCCUGCCAGCAAUUCCGCUCAGGGCUCUCGUCCCCCGACGCCCGCUACCAGCAGCAGAACCCGGCGGCCGUCCUCUACCAGCGGAGCAAGAGCCUGAGCCCCAGCCUGCUGGGCUACCAGCAGCCGGCCCUCAUGGCCACCCCACUGGCCCUCGCGGAUGCCCACCGCUCUGUGCUGGUGCACACCGGCUCCCAGGGCCAGAGCUCGGCCCUGCUCCACUCCGGUCCGGCCAACCAGCAGGCCUCACCCGUGAUCCACUACUCACCCACCAACCAGCAGCUGCGCUGUGGGAGCCACCAGGAGUUCCAGCACAUCAUGUACUGCGAGAACUUCGCACCCGGCACCACCAGGCCCGGCCCACCCCCUGUCAGUCAAGGUCAGAGGCUGAGCCCCGGGUCCUACCCCACGGUCAUUCAGCAGCAGAAUGCCACAAACCAAAGAGCCGCCAAAAAUGGACCCCCAGUCAGUGACCAAAAGGAAGUAUUACCCUCGGGCGUGACGAUCAAACAGGAGCAGAACUUGGACCAGACCUACUUGGAUGAUGUCAAUGAAAUUAUCAGGAAGGAGUUUUCAGGACCUCCCGCCCGGACUCAGACGUAGAAGCAGCCAUCAGCAAGACACCGUCCACAGCCGCCCCCGGAGCCUUCUCCCCAUCCCCCCGCCCUCCCUGGUGUCCACCUCCUGGCCCGGAGGCCACGCGGGACCACGCACGUACUGACCACGAGCCACCUCCCCGUGCAGGAGCACCACCUCUCUCUGCAGACGCCAGAGAGCCCUCUGCAUGCUGAGUUCUGUUCUGAAUCCCCAAGAGCAUCCUGGUUGACUUCACGGGUGUCCCAUCUGAUCCUCAAGUGCCUGCUGACCCCAAAUGCACUCUGCACAAGACUGCUGCCGCCGGCACGUGCCUGAGAGUAGACAGCCUGUGGGGGGUGGGGGAGCGGGGAGGGGGCGCUGCGAUUGCACCCCAGCCCCUCGGCUUCAUCUCUUCAGGCCCCGACGCUGUCCUCGUAUGCUUUGAGGGAAAGGAGUUCUCCCCGACGGAGCCACCCAAGGAACGUGACCCAGCUUCCGGGCAGAGAAGCCGGCCGGUCCUCCAUAGGGAUCGCCUGGUCCACAGCCUGAUUUAAAAGGGUCUGAUUCAGACGCAAAAACUGACCGACUCCGACAAGAUCACCUGUUACAAUUUCUCGGCCUUAAGUUAUGACAUGUGUAUGCUUUUUUUUUUUCUUAUCUGCUUCCAAGAGCUGACCGGGGUGGGGGGGCCGCUGGAUGGGCCCCCCACCCCGGCCAGCAGCCCCACCCCCCUGCAGCGCCUGGUCUGGGCCUGGAGGUUACAGGCUCCCGUCACUGGGCAAACCCCAGUCUGCUGCCGCCCGACAGGCUCCCUGGCUUUUUGAUGCUCCCGCUUUCUAACAGCCAGAACGCUUCUCCAGAAGCAGUGAAGUAUCUCAAGCUUGUGCAUUGACUUUUGAGAAGAAAUGGCAGAAGGACUAAAGCCACCGAAAUAAGUAGAACAAUAAGUGCAGGUACUUUUGCUAAGUGAAAUAGUUAAGCAGUGUGGCAGUUGGCGGGCCCAAGUGUUUCCAUGGGUAGGUCGCCCCCGCCCCCCACCGGGAAGAGGGCGGAAGUCCCUUUCAGGCCUAGACUCAAAGCGGUCAAGCUCAGGAUCUGGCCCCAAAGGUGACGGGUUAUUUUCACCAGAACCCAUGUAACGCCUUCCCCCCCACCUCCUCGGCCUCAAGGACACAUCUGCAUUCGCUGCUUCAAACAACACAAAAAGGGACCCCAAGAGAAGCAGGCCCACUCACGCCCAGCCCUCAGUGGGAAGCGCUCCGCUCAGACCGCUUGUCUGGGACGCGUGAUUUUUCUCCCAGCGCUUCACUCUGUGGAGUGCACCUGUGACCCACGAGCGUCUUCCUCCUUUGGUGCAAUUUUUACAGAUAGAUAAAAGCCUCUCAGCUCCUGGCAGGUGAGUUUUUAUCACACAGAUGUGUUUACAUUUCUUGUGGACACCCCAGGAGCAGCCGGGGACUCCUUUUUAGCUAUUUAAUUGCUUCCCUAGUAAUCAGCACAGAGUGUAAAUAGCCCUAGCCUCUCCAAAAGGCUGUACUUAGGCCUCCUCUUCCUGCUAAGAAGAGAAUCGCGGCAGCUAAGGGCCCACUGUGGAUUUUCUAUGCCCUGGCUUUCUCAUCACCCAGAGGUACAACCUUCCCGAGACCUGGGCUGGGAACUUGGGCCCUGGGGACCCCAGCUCCCGGGAGAGGGCCGAAUGUCCAGGCUGUGGCCUUGGCAGCCAUGUGCAUGUAACCUUUUGGUCAUUUCUUUUCCCCCAACACCAGGGGACUUUUCUGUCCACCCCAAGCCGAGUUUAGCACAAUUCUUUUAAACGAGCAGAAUGCCAGUAAGAAGCUGACCGCCACACAAAGCUUCUGGGAUGUAGAAUCCUUGCUCCUUAAUCAAAAGUCCUUUAUACAAGCAGCUUUACCUAAAGAACUUUCUCUCCAGCCAUACUGACUUCACGGGGGAAGGGUUAAAGUGUUUGGUGAGCGAUCUGUUCUCACUUGACCUGGCUAGGAGCCAUUUUUUGCACAUGAGGGAAUUUGGCCUUUCCUCAGUUAUCUGAAUGUUUUACCCAAGCGCCUUCCUGCUAUUGUAGCAAAGUUGCUCAGCUUCAUUGUGCAUGGGGUGAAAACGGACUAACGCAUUUUCCAUCACUAUUCUAACCGUGUUAGUGCAAAGGGCCUCCUAGUAGUUCAAAUUCCUGUACGUAUAUAUGUACGUGUGUGUGUGCGUGUGUGUAUAAUACACUCACGAGCUCUUGUUCUAAGACAUCCAGCUGGAUAUUAUAGGAAGCACUUUUAUAAACAACUAUACCAAAUAGCAAAGGAAAGAGAAAAGCAUUAGUUUGGAGGCCAAAGAACGUGUGUGAAGACUUGGACAGCAAUCGAGAAAGUUUUGUCAGUUACCCAUGCCAGGAGGAGGUUUUGCCAAGAGUAAACUGCUCAUGAAAUAUUUUCAGGAUGAGAAGAGGCAAUAGGUCCUCAGAGAGAAAGACAAUAAGGAUGUGUGAACUAUUGAUGGGUGUGUUGCACGUGGGUUAGAAGGAUCUGUUAGGUGGAGGUUUGCACUUGCUAGGGCCAAGGUCAUGUAAAUAUGUAGCACUUCUGACAGACACCUAGCCUGUUGCUGAAUGUAGUAUAUUUCCAAAGUUUGCAAGUCUUCCUGUAUUGUACAAAAAUACUGCUGCUUGAUAAUAUAUAAUAGCGACCCAAAUUCAUUCAUAUGUUAUUAAAUUUUAUUUUCUUAUCUGUAUUUUUAUGCUUUUUCAUCUGUCUCAAAAUACCGUAUCCUUGUUGGAAUUAGAAGAUAUUUAUAAGUGGUCAGAAAUCUUUGUCAAGUGCCUCUUUUUACAUAUUGGUGGAUGAUUUUUUUUUCCCUUAAGAGAAAAGGAUGUAUUCUUAGAAAUUUGUUAAUCAUUCCAGAAAAAAAACAAAAAACCAAAAAUCCCACCUCAGAGCCUGUUGCCCACCUGUCUCCCAAAAGAAAUGCAUCUCCAGAGAAAUGAUGGGGGCGGGAGGCCGGGGGUGGGGCUCUGCGGAGCAAGAAAGCACCUGUUUGUGAUUUGAGGGUGCUGCCGACCUCAGCUUCGCACCUCCAUCAUGUCACUGAGGAGAAGUGGAAAGUGUUUAGAUGCCCCCAAUAAGUGACCUAGUUGGUGACUUUGAGCUAACAAACCCGCCUUGCUGUGGUGGGGGAUUUAACACAGUUAUGUUCACGGAACAGGUGUGCACCUCGGCAUUUACGGAGCUGAGUCCUGGCGGGUACACCGCCAUAUGCAUUACCCAAAGGACAUCCAGAGUUUUCCAGCAAAGACCCAGCCUAGAGGAGUCAAGUCCAUUCCCUCUCAGAACUGGGAGGCACUGGUGUGGCCUCUCUUGAUGACAUCCAGUGGCCAAGCCAGCCCUCUCAGGAAGCCAGCCUUGGCCCGUGCCAGAGCUGUCAGGUGCAGACAGAUGGGAAGCGGACGUGUUCUCAUUUGUCGCUCCGGACUAGAGGGAGGCUGAGUCUGUUUAGUUUCAUGUCAGACCCUUUCCAAGUGCUUUCUUUGUUCGGAAUCAAAAGAGUGUCAGGGGUCUGGUGAACGACUUUGUUCGCUUUACGUUUACAAGAGGCGCGGGGGUUGUGACAUUGACAAGCUGGGGUAAACCUCCCUGAACUCCCUUUUGGAGGGCCAGCUCCUCAGCCGGCACCCAAAGCAUCGUAACCCUGAAUCGUCCAAGCUUGGGGCUUGCGCAUUACAUCUCCUGGAGCCAAACAAGCCAGUCCAAGUGGUUUCCCUGUUUUCCAACUAAACGUUUGAGAAAAAGCCACAUCACUCGAAACUGAUCACACGCAUCAGUUUCUCUCAGCUUUCAAGAGUGCAUUGAGUUAUAGCCAACAUCACAGUCUUGACUCAGUUUAAAAACCAACUUUUUUGGUGAUUGGAGAGCUAGUGGUGUUCCCUAAGCCGGCUCCUCUGAAAAUGAGCUGGGGCGUUGGGUGCUGGAAGAAAGGUUUAACAGCCUGCCCUUACACAGUUGGCUAACUAAAAUAAACUCUGCCUGCCUGGUUCAGGCUCUGGGUACAAAUGUUGCUGUUCCUAUUAGCAGGUGUUUUCAGCACUCUGACUGGCCUGAGCAGAUGGGGGCUGUCGCAGGGACAAGCUAAGCAUCCUGACACACGCCUUGUCAAAAACCUCACUUACCCCUGUCGCCUCUACAGCCCCCCGAGGGGAGAAAAGGUUGAGAGGGUCCUUGCUCGUUCUCCAGCAAACAAGUCCUCUCUCAUGCGGUGGCGCUGGAAGGCUUAGGUUUUGAAAAUCUUGACUGUUAAAAACAGAGUUUGAAUACAUCACAUUCCUAUGCAAAACGUUUUAAAUCUCCAGUUUAAUGUAGUUUAUUUUUGCUAUAUGUAAAGUAUUUUUAUACGGCUUGUAUCAUGAUAGUUUAGCAAUAAAACAGUUGAAAGCA